AAUACUUUUCAUUACAUGGCUUCCUCUACUUACUUAAACUUAUGCUGCUGCUGCUCUUCAUCUUCUUCUGUUUCAUUUAUUUCCAAAAUACCCACUUCAACUCACUAUUUUCAUUACCCUUUUCAAUCUUCUUUCGGCUAUACUAAUAAUAAUAAUAACAAUAAUAAAGUUUCAUUAUCUGACUUGAAAACUUAUGCAAAGUUUGAUAAGUUCGAUAGCCAAUCUUUAAAUGAUACUACUGCUACUACUAAUUUAGAACAGAAUUCUUCAGGUGCAUUUCAACAAACACUUUCACCACAAGAUUAUGAAGAAGAAGAAGAAGAUGACAGUUGUCUGCCUUCAGAUUUGGAGGGUGCAGUCCGACAAUCAAGUGAAGCAAGUGCCGCAUUUGUUUCCUCAGGGGGGAUGAGAGCCAUCGUAGAGCUCUUAAUUCCGCAGUUGCAGUUUCUUGAUGAUGAAGGUGCCCAGGCUGAACUGUGGGAACUAUCAAGAGUUUUUGUGGAUACACUCAUUGAAGAGACAGGAUGUGAGAGAGUCAAAGCAAUUUUUCCUGACGCUGGUGCUGCUGCACUUCUGAAAUAUAGGUGGAAUGACGCUGCUUUUGGUUUCGCAAGCUUAAGUGACCGAAAACCUGUGGAGAAAGAAGAUGAGAUUGUUGUAAUGGUACUACCAGAUUAUCAAAUGCUGGAAUAUGUAGAGCGAAUUGCCUCUACUCUAGCAGAUGAUCCUCCACGACCUCUCAUUAUGUGGAACCCACGUCUUAUUAGUGAGGAAGUUGGAAUUGGAUUUAACGUUCGGAAGUUGAGACGAUAUUUCUUGAGAUCUUUCACAACGGUUUACUCGAUGAAACCUUUACCCACAGGAGCUGUAUUUAGAUGCUAUCCCGGAUUAUGGAAGGUGUUCUUUGAUGACAAGGAUAGACCAAACCGUUACAUACUAGGCAAGGAAAUGAUAAGCCGCCCCGAUUCAGAAGACAUUGAGAUGAUAUUUGGUCAAGGUGAAGAUAAUUCGGAGGAGGGUCCAUCAUUGAUUAAUGAAGCAGUAGGAAUUUUCAAAUCACUCAACAGAUUCAUGAAAUUUAUUUCCAAGUGAACCAAUCCAUCAAUUUCUUGAAUACAUUGCUUACAAAUAUGUUCUACAAACGAAAAUCGGCUGCUGUUUAUGACAAGUUCUCAGGAAACCACAUGCCAUGGUCGAGUAUAUUUGAUUCACCAUUAUGUGCAAUAUAUUGUCACAAAUGUAAUUAUUUGAUCGACUAUUAUGUGCUAAUGUUAUAAGAUGCAACUAGAAAUAACGACGUAUUGGUUACAUGUUGACAUCA